UGAAAAUACUUUCUCUGAUAUGGUUUCUCUCAUUCCAGGAUGGAUUUCUUGCGACCUGAGGGUAGUCUUUCUGAAGCUGAUGGAGCAGCAGCUAUUCUUCCUAAGGUUUACAGUAAUCCACAACCAGAGGAGUCACAGUCUCGGGUUUCUGUUGCUGAUUUUGACUACUUGAAGGUGAUCGGGACAGGAAGCUUUGGCAAGGUGUUCUUGGCCACACAAAGAGAGAAUGGCAGAUAUUACGCAGUCAAAGUUCUAAAGAAACACAUCAUCUUAACAAGGAAGGAGGAAAGAAAUGUCAUGUGUGAGCACAGAGUGUUGUUAAAGACUCUUAAUCAUCCAUUCCUGGUGAAGCUCCACUUCAGUUUUCAGACUAAGGACAGUCUCUAUCUUGUGCUGGACUAUGCAUGUGGAGGAGAGCUCUUUUACCAUUUGCAGAGAGAGGGGGUCUUUGGAGAACCCAGAGCCAGAUUUUAUGCUGCUGAGAUGGCAUGUGCUUUAGGAUACUUACACUCCCUGAAGAUUGUCUAUAGGGACCUGAAACCAGAAAACAUUCUGCUGGAUUCUGCAGGUCAUGUGGUUCUGACCGACUUCGGCUUGUGUAAGGAGGGAAUGAGUAGACGUGGCACCACCACAACGUUUUGUGGAACGCCAGAGUACUUGGCACCUGAGGUUCUCCUGCAGAAGGAGUACGACAGGACUGUGGACUGGUGGGGUUUGGGAGCUGUCCUUCAUGAAAUGCUCUAUGGCUUGGUAAACAAACCCACUGAAUUAAUGCUAAUAUAA